AGGCUACAAUGGCAUCUUAUAGCUACAAUAUUUAACUCCAGCAAGAAUCAGGGAAAGAUUGGUAAAGCUAAUCAAAAUAAUCACAAAAAAAUUGACCCAUAACAAACUUCAUAGAUCCCAUAGGUCAGCUGAUCGGGUGAGUUCAUACAUUUCGCUAAGAGUACACUGAUCCCUGGAUCAUAAUUGGAUGAGUGAGGGGAAGGGAGGGAGGUAGGGGCUUUCUGUCCCAUCAGCUACUGUAUGCUGGAGGGUGCUCGGUGAAUGUGGGGGUAAAAAGCGACGCCCUCCAGCUCCGACAGUCGGAGUUUGACUUGCCAGGAAUGCGCCAAGGCAGCAGCAGCAGCGCCGCUUUCGACUGACCCGGAUCAGUAGCACUGGACACCUGACACCCGGCUCUGAAUCCCGUUGAGCUGCCUACCCUGCGCCUCCCUCGGCCCCCAGACCAUCUUUAGACAAAACCAGGCUCCGUGUACAGUUGGGCAUCUCCACAGCCCUGCCUUAUAUGCAUAAAAGCUCACCCGGUUGUCUGGGCGCUGGUUUAGGUCUGGGCUGAAAGGACAAAGGAGGGCGCAGGGCGGGUCUGAGGUCAGGUGCGCACGUUUGUCCUUUUACGCAGCCAAUAAUAAGACACCUUUAAACCAUUUUCUCCCGCUCUGGCAUUUUCACGAGGUCCCUUGAAGCCAUCAGUGGUCAAUUAAAAGCACAACCGACCCCAAUUUAAGAAGAGACACCCAGUGAAUCCCCUUUAAAGGUUUGACUUCAUGCGUCAGUACAAUGAAACAAAUUGUCCUUUCCUCCUCUUUUCCCACCUGACAGAAAUCAUUAUCAGCCAAAUGGUUGGCUGCAUUCCUGACAUCCCGACCCGGGCCACCUGUUGCGGGUGUGUUUGGCUUUUUAAAAACGUCUCCAGGCGGGCGGAGCUAAGCUGGGAGACGCAGCCUGUGUGAUUACAGCAGCGCUGUCGGUGAAGGCCAUCUGUUCUGCUGUGCUUCCGUGAAAUCCGAGCCCGGUCGAUCUGCAGAGGGGAACUACAACCUUCUGUGACUGCGAACCCGGGUAGAAAGUAGGCGGGUUCUUGAGGCGGAGGGGAAGCCCCUGCUGCUCUUCCAUUGGUUUUAACUGCUUCCACGUUAUGGUUUAAAUGUCUGGCGGUGAAGCGACACAGUACAAUUCAGUUUCCUAAACCGACAACAUGGUGACGAAGAGGAUCCGCUCGGAGUACAUGAAGAAGUUCAAAGACCCCAAAUGGGAGACUUACACUAAAUGCUACGAGGAGAUGCUGAAGUACCGGCUGACCCGCAGGCUGCUGGAGCACACACACAACCCCUGGUUCUGGAGUGGCUCCGACACUGAUUCAGACUCCGGAGGACGAAGCCCAGCCCCUCCUCCUCCACCUCCUCCACCCAGCAAGAGCCAGGUAGGGGCCGAGGAGCUGGAGGAGUGUGACGGGGCGAGGAGGGAGCAGCAGACCUCCACCACAGGCCCUGUACCCAGGCUUCCUGUCCAAGCCGAGGAGGAGGACAAGCAUGGAUCUGCAGGCCAAGGCUCUCAGCGUGAUGGUGCUGAGGAGACAAGAGUGCUACAGGAGGAGAGAGAGGAGCAAAGAGCCAGCAGCCAAGGCAGCAAACCAUUAACAGCUCCUCACAGAGACAAAGUGAAAGACACUGGAGGACCCCAACCACAGCAGAGUAAACCCUCCAAAUCCACAAGGCAAACUUGGCGCUCCCAGCGGGUCAGGCCUGCACCAUCACGGCAGCCCAGGGAUGACAGCAAGGAGAGCAGACAUCCUUUCGCUCUGUACGGUUCAGGGGAGAAGGAUGCAGACAUGGCAUGCAGGAAGACGCACAACGUUGGCCCUGCAGCUUCGACUAAAGAGAUCCACGAAUCGGCUCUGCGUGCGAAGACCAGGCGGGAGGUGGAGCGUCAGAUUCAGACCCAGCGAAGUGAGCGCCGAAGAGCUAAGUCCGCUGACCUGAACAAGGCCAGGAAGCUGGUUCAACCCGAGUACAACCCCUGGCUCACUGAGUACAUGCGCUGCUUCUCUGCUCGCUCCCGAUAGGACACAUACAGUAAAAACAGCAACAUCAGGAUAAUUCUAGACAAAUGUACAAAUAUGAAGCCAUCAUUGCCUCUCACCUCUGAAGCUCAGACACCUACAGAUGUAGUGUGGUGUGGAUUUAUACAAAGGCUCCUAAAUGUGUAUUAUUCUCCCAUCCAGGAUGCAAACUAACAAAAUCUUGAACAUUGAACUUCACUGUGUGGCUUAUUCCCUCAGAUGUGUACUGUCACGUUUUUAUAUACACCAGUUUUAAUAAAUACAGUACAAUAAGAAACAUUUUAAAGGAUAGAAGAAACUCUUGAAAGAAACUAUAUAGUGUAUAGUUAAUGAAUACAUCUAUUAUGUGCAAAUAUAUAGAUGAGUCCAAAAUGAAUUUUACAGCCAUACUUUGAUGCAGACCCUUUAAACACAUGCUGUAUAUGAUGUGUCCAUAUUUUUAUACAGAUAUCAAACCACAGUGGAGGCAUAGUGUCUGACUAGAUGAAGGCUUGUCGUUAAAACACUGCUGAUGUAAAAUGAACAGUUAUGUAAACAAUACAUCGCUUACUGUACACACACAAUCACAUUAUUUGUAUUCUAAAUUAUUGUGUAAAAUGGAUUUAGCAACUGAGUUUUUCCUCAAAUUUCUGCAGCUUUUCGAUGUUUCUAGGUAUUUUCUUUUCUUAGUACUGAGUGCAAAGUAUUUGUCAACACAGAAAUAUGUCUAAUAGUGUUACAGCUUUAGAUUUUUAGGUCACUUACUGCCGUGAACUAGUUCUUGUUUGUGUAACGCUUGAUGGAUUGAUCCUAUGGGAUUUGGUUUAGAUGGAUAGUUAAUCACUGUACUGACAGUACAAAUCACACUUGUGUGUUGUGGCAGUUGCAUUUUCUAAUGAGCUCAUGAACACUUUGACAUGUAAUUGAUGUUUUGUACUCAAUAGAAUGGUUUUAUAUUCAAUCGCGAGGUGCUAAUGAUGUAUUUUAAAGCCACUGAAUGACUGUGAACAGUGUGUUUCUGUUGAUAUUGUCAUGUUUGUUUUAUACAUCCAGUGGUUAUGGGACAUUUAUCAGCAGAAAGUGUAAUAUUAAAAACAACAUACAUGUAAUGUAGAUAACUUUCAAAGCAAAACAAUCAAAUGUUUGUUGUUGAGGCCAAACUUCGCACUGAAUCAGCUUUAUAGCCAAAAAGAGGACAUUAAAUGAUCCUGAAAUAACCUGUAGUCAGAAAUACAUAAUUAUGUUUUACUAAUUUACUAAAUCAAAUCAAAACUGCACUUUCAUAAAUUGUCACCUUUCUGAAAUAAUAUCUGUACAAAAUUAACUUAAAGUUAAUUAAAAUAAUUUAGAUGUGUAUGUACUGAACAUCAGACGUUAUUUGUACUCGCUUAAGAAAAAAUGUGACUUUUUGCGUAAGAGAUCGGAUCUCCUCAUUGCUGUUAAAAUCAAAUCUAGUCACCACAACAGCUGUGUGCCAUAAAGACAAGCAUUUUUUCCCUUUGCAGCCAUUGUCGGAUUGUUAUUGAUGUUAUUGGUGUGAAUAUUUUUCAGAAAAAGGAGAAGAGAGGGCAGGAAACUUGUGCUUUACAUUUAGACUUUUAACAGUUUUUAAAAAAAUCUUUGUGCUGUUAUAGCAAAUUUGAGUUCAGUGUUGCAUUAAAUUUGCUUUUUGUAAAGCUUUUCAAUGUUUUAAGUUAUACUGCAAUAUAGCUUUGUGCAAUAUUAUAAUGUAAAUAACUGCAUUUGAGCCUGUGUGUUUCUAUAAUGUAGUAAACUUUGACAAUCUCAGAGAGCAGGAACGAAACAGGGUAGUUUUUACUUCACCUAAUUCUUUGUUAGUGUGUUAAUGAGACCAAACUUUAUAGUGGAGUUACUGUUUUUACUGUAGAGACGUUGUACCUACACUUACCACAUGUUUUUGUACAUGUACUUGGUCAUGUACAGCAGAAAUCCACCAAGCCAAAAUAUUAAUUUCGGUCCAGGAUGGUGUCAGAAUGUAGAAUGAACUAGAAUGUUUAAUCAGAAAGGAGGAAGAAAUGGAGAUUUUGACCAAUGAAGCACCAGAAGUACUGAGGUUUGAUGGUACAGUCUGGUUUAAAGAAAAAGGAAAUAAAGUACCAGAUUUCAUUAAUGAGUCCCCUUCAUUUCAAACAACUAAUAAAAUGUAUUUAAUUUACUGAUGACAUGAAGGAUGUAAACAACUUGAAUACAUGUUAUUCUGUUUACAUAUGGGGCUUUUAAUAUAAUCCAUGUACAUAACUGAUGUAUUAGAAGAUUUGUUUGGCUUAAAUGGUAAAGCUUAUAAUAAAGCAUUUAAUAAAUCGCA